AUGGCGACAACUCCUAUCACCUGCAACCAUACUCAUCAUGCACUUCCCUGCUUCCUCACACGCUGCAAUUCCACUACCAUCACAUUUUCUCGCACAAAAUAUCCCCCUUCUACUUCUCUACUCUCUCAGUUUCGCGUAUUUUGCCAAUCCAAGUUGGAGCAGGCAAUUUUGGAUUUUGCAGAAGGCUUGAGAGUUAUUGGGAUUAAACCUGAAGAGAAGGUUGCACUUUUUUUGGAUAAUUCAUGUCGUUGGCUUGUAGCAGAUCAAGGUAUGAUGGCAAGUGGAGCAAUCAAUGUGGUAAGAGGCUCAAGGUCAUCAGUUGAAGAGCUAUUACAAAUAUACAACCACUCUGAAAGUGUUGCACUAGUGGUGGAUAACCCUGAAAUGUUUAACCGGGUUGCAAACACAUUUUAUUCAAGGACUAGCAUGAGGUUUGUUGUUUUGCUUUGGGGAGAAAAAUCAGACCUGGUUGGUCAAGAAAACAAGCACGUGCCAGUGUUUACUUUCAUGGAAGUCAUAAAUUUGGGACGAGAGAGUCGCCAGGCAUUGUCUAAUACUCAUGAUGCUGGUAAGUAUCAGGCUCUUACUAAGAAUUAGGUUUCAAGUAUAGAUAAAUAUGAUAAAUUUUGGUUUCAGUUAUUUAUUUAUUUAUUCUUUUUUUAAUGCUCAUAGAUUUAAUAUUUUAAAAAUGAAUCUUAAUUUUUUAGUGC